UUUUGAUUCGUUGCAUUGUGAAAGGCUUCUUUUUAUUGGAUGAAGAUUGUAAAUAGAUGAAACAUGGCCGAUAUUAGUACAAAGCAGAAACUAUAUUCACUCAUAGAAGAUGUUGAGCUCAUAUCCAAAGAACUUUUUGAGGUGGCUGCUACACCUAAGAGUCAACAGAAGCCAGAUGCUAUGGAUUCCAUUACAUUGGUUGAAUUGGUGACAAUGAAGGACAAAGAAAUCAAAGAAACCUUAAAGUUAGCUGCCGAGCAAGCAGAAAUACAGAAGACAAUCGAUGAAUUAAGGACAGAAGUGGACAAAAGGGACGCAGAAAUUAAACAUUUACAGAAGAAUCUCAAGGAGGCAGAAACAAUACUGUCUACAGCAAUUUAUCAAGCCAAACAAAAACUGACAGCUAUCAAUCAAGCCAACAACAGAAAGAUCUCCUCAGAAGAACUCAUUAAGUUUGCACACAGAAUCAGCGCCAGUAACGCUGUGGCCUCACCCCCCACCUGGAUGCCGGGUGAUCCACGGAGACCGUACCCAACAGAUUUUGAGAUGAGGCUUGGAUUCCUGGGUAAAGUCGGGGAUCUUCCUUUGAACACCCCAGUAUUACAAUCACAAGGUUCAUACGGGGAGCCCAUGUCUAGUAACAGAAACACCGCUCAGACAGAAGGCACCCCAACUUCUUCUUCAGCGGGUUGGCACUCAGAAUUAGGUCUCGGGGCUAGUGGUGGAAAUAGUCAGAUCCUGGCAGACUUCAAGGGACCCAAAACGGAAAGUGAGGAUGUGGGAUUCAUGUCCAGUGACUCUUCUAGCAGCAGUUUAUCUAGUGACGAAUGAUAAUAAAAUGUUCUACAUGUA